AUGGAACUGGUGCUGUUAGCGAAGGAGGCAUUGCAGAAUGGAGCUGAGCGCGCGGCGAGCUACCGCGCGGGGCAGUCGGCGCUGCGGUACAUGGACCGCGCGCUGUGGAUCGUCGAGAAGAGCGCGCGCUGGGCUGUGCCGCCGCCGCAGCGCGCGCUGGGCUGUGCCGCCGCCGCGUAUGUUGUGUUCUGUUACGAGCAGUUAGCGCAGGAGGCACAGAAUGGAGCUGAGCGCGCGGCGAGCUACCGCGCGGGGCAGUCGGCGCUGCGGUACAUGGACCGCGCGCUGUGGAUCGUCGAGAAGAGCGCGCGCUGGGCUGUGCCGCCGCCGCGCGAGCUACCGCGCGGGGCAGUCGGCGCUGCGGUACAUGGACCGCGCGCUGUGGAUCGUCGAGAAGAGCGCGCGCUGGGCUGUGCCGCCGCCGCGUAUGUUGUGUUCUGUUACGAGCAGUUAGCGCAGGAGGCACAGAAUGGAGCUGAGCGCGCGGCGAGCUACCGCGCGGGGCAGUCGGCGCUGCGGUACAUGGACCGCGCGCUGUGGAUCGUCGAGAAGAGCGCGCGCUGGGCUGUGCCGCCGCCGCUGGACCAAGAUGAACGUCCACAGCCCGAGCUGAUCCGGCCGUUGCCGUGGUUGUUAUUCUUCCCUCUGCUCAUACUGCUGCGGCUCUCGAGGGAGUCCAUAUCACUGGUGAACCUCGCCCUCGGCAAACCACCUUUGAGAUCGGCUGAUGUUGUAACAUAUAUACAAGGCAAGCGGCGCUACCUGCGAACACUGAAGUACCAGGGCAACAGGAUGAUGCGAGCGCGCACCGACCCCAACCGCGGCGUGCGCGAGUCCUGGUACACCCACCUGCAGACGCUCUUCGAGUUCACCAUGUGCUUCCGGAGACAGCACUACGGGAACAACAAUACGCAACUUAUCAACGGAGACGAGGUGUUCAUAGUGAAACGCAAGCGGUCGCGCCCAGCGGCUAACACAGUCGCGUCCACCAGCGAGACGAGCAUGGAGCGGCUCAUAGAGAAGAUGAUGGUGGACGUUGACGUGGACUCGGACGAGUCUUCCAGCUACACUUUGACAAACAUAACAAGCGGACGGAGUGACCGAUCAGACUACAACACAGAAUCAGACCAGGAGGCAGUGGAUACAAAAACGCAAGCUAAUCAACACAAAUCAUUGAAACAAUCCCACGGAGAAACUUCCCCUAAGAAAAAUAAUAUAACAACAGAUAAAACAAUUGACAGCGACCAAUCAAAUGCGUCGAUGACGAGGAUAAGAAAUAAUAAACAAGAAAUAGACAGUAAUACUAAAGAAGCUUCGUUGGAUUUUAUACAAAAUGAGAUUGGCUGCCAUAGAAGUGACUUAGGAUAUAGCGAUUAUAAAAUUCCGAAUGGACGUAUGGCAGGAGAUCUUACAGCGACGGACAGGUAAUAUGUCCACAUAAAAUAAUAAUUGAAGAAAAACUUGGGGUACAUUAUAUAAAAAUCUAAUUAUAUUAACAAAAUAUAUAAUAGUUUGUAAGGUUUUAAAAUGUUUUAAAUUUUUAUUUAUACAUUAAUUAUUAUUUAAGCGUACCUAUAUAUGUUACACACAGAUGUUUACAUAUAUGGCUGGAUAUUUUUAUAACUUUUAAGAAUAACCAUAAGAAGCUAUAAAUUUAAUAAUCUACUAUUAAUAAGGGCCUUCCAUAGAAAUGUUAAUAACAAAGCAGUAGAAAUGGCUGUUUCACUCCAAACUACGGAGACCAGUCACCGUUGGAUACUUGGAUCUAGACUAGAAUAAGCUAGUUGACACUUUUUUAAAAGGUCUUGAAAUGUUCAUUAUAGCGCUUCUAUAUUUAAAAAAAAUAUCAUGUUGUUUUGAAUACAUAACAAUUUUAAUUUUAAUUUAUUUUUAUAAUACAAGCCAAUACGCUAUCAGCCAUGAUGGUCUAUAUUUUAUCUGCCUGUGUUAUGACGUCAAGUGAACAAAAAAACAAAAGCAAAAAAUUGGGCGUCUUAGACGUUUAUGUCUUUAGUGACAUCUAGUAACAUCGUGACGUCACAAAAUGGAUAACAGCGUUUUUGACAUUCAGAAAAUUUUUAAAAAUACAUUAAAGUUUUAUGAUAAGUUAUAACUUAAUUAAUCGGUAUAUUUUAGACCCUUAUUAUGAUAAAAUUAAUGUUUAAAUUGAAUUUUAUAUGAGUCAACUACCCUAUUCUAGAGUCUCGAGUGCGGGCAGAGGUAGUUGUUAUGAUGGGUGAGCCUUUUCAGGAAUUACGUCAAUUGUUAAAAUACAACAUAGUUUUCUGACAUUUAAUGUGGAAUUAUAGAGUUGACAUUCGUAAAUUACUCAAAUAAUUAAUUAUUUGUUCAACGAAUAUUUGGUUAAGUAACAAAUCAAAUAACUGACAUAAAAAUGUAUUUCUCAUCAAAAAAAUCGAAACAGUCUGCCUGAACAGUACUUGCGGACUGUUUCGAUUUUUUUGAUGAGAAGUAUAUUUGUACAUAAUAGAUUUUGCUAACCGAUUUAACUGAUAAUACAGGUGGGUAUAUAUUUAGCAAAAAUAUUUUGCCUGAUAAAUUAUCAAUCUAUUUAAAAGAUUAGAUUUGUGCAACUGUGUUUUUCAUUAUGGCGUAAAUUCUAAUAAGUAUAUUACUUUAGUAAUGUGUUUUCAAAGAGUUAUAUUUAUAUACAUUUAUUUUUAUCUAUGUUUGCUUGGCAGCUAUUUAUAAAUACUGAGUUCCUAAUGCUUUUAAAGGUAUCUAGUAAGUAAGAAAGUAAGGGUAGAAACACAUUUACACGAAACUUGUACCGACGAUAUACUUUAUUUAUUUAUUUAUUAUUCAACAAAAAAACACAUUUCAAUUAAGCCUAACCAUAGUGCAACACAAACCACAGUUGGUUUUACUGUAGACUGGUUAUUAUUACAUAAUACAAUAUUUGAGAACAAAAAUUAUUAACAAACAAAAGAGAAGAAAUACCAAGAAUAAUCUUUAUAGGGUAGUUAAAUAAAUAUCGUAAAUGUGUGAGUGAACCGAUGCUACGACGCUACACAGGCUGUCCCAAAAAAUAAUUCUUUAGUUUCCGCUUAUGUACGUUCGUGAGUAUAUUAUCUUUUAGAAGAUUCUUAUUAUGAAGUUACUUAUUUAUCCAGAUUUAUAUUACACAGCCUGUGUGUAAUAUAAAUCUGUAUCAUAUCAGCUGAAUGUUUGUCCAAUGCUCCUAGGUACAUCUAUUUAUAAUGUUUUAAUAACAUUCGUCUUAAGGACAAAAAAAUACUAAGAUUUAUAUUCAUAAAGAGCAGGGAGCCUCAAUAUUUUAUUUAUAUUAUUCUUUAAGUAUCUAAUAGUCGUAUGAAGUUGUAAUCAGAUACCAUUUUUGCUCACAAUGAUUAUGACAUUUAGAUUUGUAAUCAUAAUAUUUUUUUUGGUGUUUGUGGUGUUUGGGUAAAAAUGAAGUUCCAAGUGUUCUAAAAUGAGAUGAGAAUUUUCAAGGAGCGUUUGAUAUGUCAAACAAUUAUUUUCAUAUGUGUAGUUUUUGGAGAAUCCAAAAUUUAUAUAUUGAAUUAGGUAGUACAGUUUAAAGAAUAAUUUUGAUAUUUAAAUUAUUUUAAAAUAAACACCCCUCGAAAAAUGUCUACACUCUCUUGGUAUAUGAAAUUAUGCAUAAUUUUUUAUAGAAUAUUAUUUCAUUUUACCUAUUUAUUAAUUAUUCUCAAUACAUAAUUAAAUUAAGCCUAACCAUAAUGCAACAUAACCACAGUUGGUUGGCUUUUUUUACUGUGGUUAAUUUAUAUAUUUAUAUAGUUUCGAACAUAACCAACAUUCCCAUUUCCUUCCAAUGUACAAACUAAGCUAAAUGUACAAAUUAAGUACUAUAUCGUCCUUGGUUCAAUGAUAUUGUAAACUAUAUCGUCCUAAGUCUCACCGGGCGGGAAUCGAAGUCUGGACCUUUUAUGUCCAAGUGGGUAAUGGGUCAGUUACGUGGUGCUAUAUAAGAAUAACACAUUGCUUCUGACCAACAUAACUUUUAACUAGUUGAUAAGAAUAUUUUGUAAUAUUUUUACAUAAGUUUCGUCCGUAAAUAAAUAGUUUUAAGAAAACACUAAUGAAGCUAAUUUUUAAAUUAAAUUUUUUAUAUUAUUUCCUUAUUUUGAUGGGUUAGUGCAUUAUGUUCAAUGUCAUAUGACGUUCUUUUUGUGAAGUUUAGUGAAAGAAAAGAAAAAUGUUGAUGGGUUAAUAGCGUCUCAUAACAAUAGUUGUGGAAUUUGGAUGAUUUUACACAAAUAAAUUAUUCUACAUUAAGGAUAUAUUAAAUACUUUAAAAAGGUCAGAUAAAUAAAUACCAGUGGCUCGCGUGUAAAAAUCUAUUUUUCAAAAAACUGUUGAGUAGUUUCUGAGACAAACAGACAUACCAAAGAAAAUUAGUUUGUGUUAUGCUGGUUUUCUUUUUUUUUCUAAAAUAACAUAUUUUGGUUUCUAAUCUCUUUUUAACCGACUUCCAAAAAGGAGGAGGUUCUACGUUCGGCUGUAUGUAUGUUUUUUUUUUAUGCAUGUCCAGCGAUAAUUCCGUCAAUUAUGGACCGAUUUUGAAAAUUCUUUUUUUGUUUUGUAGGGUUUUAAUAGGUCUUUUAAAUUAUAAUAUAAUUUAUAGAUUUUUCCGUUUUACAUCUACUGUAAGCCUAACGUCAACAUAAACGACGAUGAGAAAAAAAGACAUUGUUGUCGACCAAUUGCGACCGAGUUAAAAUACCGCUCUCUUUCGUCUUAAAGCAACGAAAGAGCGAUAGUAUCGAAUCCGCCGCUAUUGGUCUACAUUUGUCUUUCUAUUGUCUUUAGAUAUGUCUUGGUGCGCGUAUCUUAGGCCUAAUGUAGGAUUAUUCCAUUUAAACAAUAAGUCACUAGAACAACUUAUUUUCGUAAUUGUGAUCAUCUUAAGUACUCGUAGUUAUUUCAACGAAAUGAUCUUGACUACGUCAUUUUACAUCAAAUGGCAGUGAUUAUUUUGUUUUACUGACAUCUAACAUGAUUUCGACGAAAUUUGUUUUUUUGUUGAAAUAGUCUUAUUACUUGCUACUGCUACUUCGUUAUUACUGCCACUUUACAUAAAAUGUAGAUACCUACUUAUUUCAUGUCAUUACCUUAAAAAUACGAAGUCAGAUGAUUGCACAAACGAAAAUAAUAUGAUGAAAAACAUUGUAGUGUCUCAUUAUUGGAAUGGUACACAGAGAUACAUAAUAACCCUGCAGGGCUAUUUGGUGUAAAACUAUCCAAUGCAACGCUUACGGUAAACGUAUACUCUGCGCCACGUAACAAGUCCCUUAGACGCGGCACUAAUGUCAUUAUGGCGCACAUUGUCAUUUGGUAAUGGCGGUCUUACUGUCAUCUGUCUAUGACGCUGUCAAUUUUAGUUCAGGUGUUAGUCGCGGGACUUCUUUCGUGGCGCGGAGUCUAAUCCUUGUUUCAAUGAUAUUGUAAACGCUCCACGAGUAUAAUUCCAAAGUUUUGGCUGUGUAACAACUGAUGAACAAAGACUGAACGAGAAAACUAUUGAAAUUGUUCCUAAAUCAUGCUUUUUCUCGAAUUAACGUAAUGUUUUUUAAUCUUUUAUACGUAACAUACUGUGUAAGGCGUUUUUUAUUAAUGUUUUUUUUGAAGUGAUGAAUUUACCUUUGCUAAGCUAAAUAUAUUUAUUUAAUUAACCGUGAA